CAACGGGCAACUCAACCAAUUGAUGAAUGCCCGUCACCUUAGUUCUGUUGUCCAACAUAUCUUAACAUCAAGGUUGCUUUCUUUUUCCGUCACUCAUUUGGUAACUUAACAACACUGAUACAUACACCAUGUUGUUCUUCAGCUUCUUCAAAACCCUCAUCGACCACGAGGUCACGGUCGAGCUCAAGAACGACAUCCAGAUCCGGGGCGUGCUCAAGAGCGUCGACCAGUUCCUCAACAUCAAGCUCGACAACAUCCAAGUCGUCGAAGAGCUCAAGUAUCCGCAUCUGAGCGCGGUCAAGAAUGUGUUUAUCCGCGGGUCUGUGGUCCGUUACGUUCACCUGCCCCAGGAGAGCGUGGAUAUUCAGUUGUUAGAGGAUGCCACGAGAAGAGAGGCGGCCAACCAGGCCACUAAAGCUAAGCAGGGUUAAAUGUGAGAGGAGAGGAGGAGGAGGGGAUCAUUCGCUCUAGAACCACUUCACGGAACGCACACCAUAACUUUCGACCCGUUAUUGUCACUACCAACGUUGUUUAUCAACUAAGGAAGGAAACGCGCGCGAGAAUCAAGGGCAAACGAAGAGGGCCAGAGACCAGGAUGGGAUGGUACGGGAGAAGACAGGCAGGCAGGGCGUCAAGAGUGUCACAUAGGCGGAUACCAGAUGAGGAAUGAACACGGCCGAGUUGAACCGAGAAAUAGGCAAGGGCGGUGUUCUCCAUGUGCGAGUGGAAACGCAAACACAACGGCCGGAUAGAGUUUCAAAGAGAUUUACAAACAACCGACCAACCGCACUCCCCCCUUUCCCACCGCUUCCGCACACCACCAUACAAAUCACCGCACAGAUUACCAAUAAACCUCCCCACCACUCCCAUCCUUCCC